AUGGCUGCUAGAUCAUGUGCAGUGCAAACUCCCAAGGAAACCUCGACCGCAUCGCAAUCCAAAAGACUAACUUUUAAGUACAAAUUUGAAGGACACGAAAGGAAGAUUUGGGAUUUCGUUUUCUUGCACGACAAUGUCCACAUCGUGAGUGGUUCGUCUGACGGCACGAUGUGCAAGUGGAACUGCGACACAGGACUUGUUGUCGGGAAACCAUGGAAAGCUGAGGGAGAGGAUAUAUAUGCAUUGGCGCUUUCACCAGACGGGAAGGUGAUUGCGUGUGGAAGGAAGGACGGAAGCGUUCAGCAGUGGACUACCGACGGAAAGAGGAUCGAAGGUGUUUGGACUGGUCAUAGCAAGGUAGUGCAGUCCCUCUCGUGGUCACCUAGCGGAAGGCAUAUUGCCAGCGGGUCAGGAGAUGGAACAAUCCUCAUUCGAAGAGCAGACAGCGGAAAAGUCGAGGUGGGCCCGAUCAACAUGAAGCAGAACCACUGUAUGCGGAGUCUUGCGUAUUCGCCUUCGGGUGAGAGAAUUGCAUCAGGCGGGAGCGACUGUACGAUUUGCAUUUGGGAUACGAAAACCGGCGAGCUUAUCAUUGGCCCAAUCAAUGGCCUGGGGUUAGAUGUAACGUCGUUGGUGUGGUCGGCCGACAGCAGUAAACUGUACUCGGCAUCAGACACAUUUGCACGUGUUUUCAACAGCACAUCAGGCGAAUUACUCCAUUCCUUCGAGCACGAUGAUUCCCUGUAUUCGGUCGCACUUUCUCCCAAAAACGAUGUCCUCGUGUGUGUGGGCUUCCAAGGUGUUGCACAGCUAUGGGACACAGAGUCCCACCAGCCACUCGGCCAGCCAUUCUACCAGGAGUAUAACGGAUGGCUUCUCUGUGUAUCGUUCUCUCGAGACGGGAGAUACGUAGCAUAUGGCGGAGAUGAUGGGGAAUUCACUCUAUGGAUGCUCAAAGACGUAGCUGCUCAGCUUCCAGCACCCACACCACCCCAGCAAGGUGAUGGACAAAGCACACAACAAAAAACUCGGCCUAGCUCCCCAUCAUUAUCAUGCCUUGACGUUGAUGCUACGAGAGGUGGUGGCUUCAUCGAGGAGGCACAUGACGACCCAUAUAAUAACAACAACUUCUUCCAGUUUUCGCAGCAAUCUCUUCCAUUGCCAUCGCCUGGCUUCCAUUUACCCUCCUUAUUUUCGGCUCGUCGCUUGUUGAAUGUCAUUUCUCGACGUCACUCACCGCCAGACGAGUCCGUUCUACAAGAACGCUCCAAACGUGGUUUCUUCGGUCGUCGCGCUCGCUCAAACUUGUCCGUGGAGCUUGCAACCAUCAAACCCAACCAAUCAGUGCCAGAAGGGAAAGUGAGAGAAGAGGAUGGCGAAGGCGAAGGCGAACAGGGUGGAACUGUUGAUGAUCGUGCUUCUGCGAAUGAUUCGCUCGGCGCCAGAAAGGAUAAAGGCAAACAGCGUUCCACCGCCCACCUCGAUAGCGAAGAUAAUCGAAACCUCUGGAAACGACUAUUUCAGCCUCAAGGAAAAAAUCCAACAUCUGGUUGCCUACAUUCCACCACUCCACCUGCAUGUGCUCCCCAACAAAUACUGCACAAUCCCUGGCACUGGAAUUCCAGCUUAUUUUUCCCAGGAUCUUCCAGAUGUCCUGUCGAUAUUGCUGCUUGCCGUGAUGAAGAUAGAUACGGCAUUGUCCCUGAGACUGAUGCGGAAGCGGCUGCAGCCAUGCUACGCACGAAUGACGAUGUGGCCAGCAGUUCAACGCAACCGGGUCAACUUACAGUGGUGGCAUAUCUGUCUCAAGGACAGCCCAUACAAACACAAGCUUCGAGAAGCGGUCCAGAAGAAAUUCUCUAUGGAGGAGCUGAUUCUGUACAGGCUGAAAUCUAA